AUGAUGCUCAAUUCAGAGCAAACGGAGAUUGACCUGCCCCCAACACACUCAGAGUCUGAGUCUGUCUUCAGUGACUGCGGUGGUGGGGGUGGUCGUGCAGGCAGCGUGGAGGACGCCAGCGGCAUUGGCUUGUGCGGUCAGUCCCGAAUAGCCGAGCCGGGCGAGGCAAUGAAGAAAGACCUGCAGCACCUGAGCCGGGAGGAACGUCGGCGCCGGCGGCGUGCCACAGCCAAAUACCGGACAGCCCACGCUACGCGGGAACGUAUCCGUGUUGAGGCCUUCAACAUGGCCUUCGCGGAGCUGCGGAAGCUGCUGCCCACCCUGCCACCAGACAAGAAACUCUCCAAGAUUGAGAUCCUCCGCCUGGCCAUCUGCUACAUCUCCUACCUGAACCACGUGCUGGACGUCUGA